AUGAGAUGUGCGGACAAACGGACUCAGACGAACGGAGUGGAACUUCUAACUCCUCGAACCGACCGGGACGGCUGCCUGCGAAUGAGAUGGACGUCGGGUUGCUCGAAGGUCGACGGGGCUGCCGGCGAUGAUGGCGGAGGACUGUUUGGGCUGCGGGGCGAGGAGAUGGUGAAUGAAUUUGGUGCUUAUCUCAAGGGUCUCGAGUGUUCAGAGUCCCACGGACGAAGCGCACCAAAGCAGGAAGCCAAAAUGAAGCCCAGAAACAAUAAGAUCGGACAAGGGAAGAAUAUGUUGAGGAAAUCCGAUGCUGAGAAAUCGAAAAUGAGGUCAAAAUCGACGAAGAAACCACUUCGAGACGUCUCGAAUGCAAAACCCGUCACAAAACCUGCCAAUAAUACGAAGAAAAAUGACGGAGGACAAAUGGGAGACAAAUCAAUCGACCACCUCAUUACACAUGUUGCCCUUGAUGUGAUAAAGAAAAAUGACGUCUCAGCAGCCAUAUUUGGCCCUGGAUGGGUCCAUGAGACUAAGCAACCACCUGACUUCCAGACUGCUCAAAAUCGAUGGUGGGGACUCAUUGAGAAAUCAUGGGGAACUGUUCAGAAACAGCCCAAAGAACUUCCAUUCUACUCAAAUUUUGAUCAGGGUCAUGGUAACCAUAUUUCUGUUGAUGGUAAGCAAGUGCUGAGUACUCCUUGGAAUAACAUCUCUUCCCAAAGUAUUCAGCCAUUUAUUGAGUUCAAUGACAGUAACACUCGGCCAAUCCAGGUUUCCAUUGGUGUGAAGGAAGCAUCCUAUAGUGGUGGAGGAAACAUCACAUUUAGAGGUACGCUCGAUAGUGCUUCUGAAUUCACGGCCAGACUCUUCCAAGGGGAGCUUCUUUUGGGGAAUUUUCCAAUUCACUUUACAUAUUCAGUUAAGUCAAGUGGGAACUCGCUGUUAGGUCUCGCUCUUGAGUCCUCUAACGCUUGCAAUGAGAACAGUUACAUCUUUUUAGCAGCAUCCGGAAGUGCCACUUUAACCGCAAACAAAUUCCAGAACCAAUUUACCCAAGUUGUAAUGCCGCAUAGAGUAACCAAGCUGGAGGUGGACCCUGAAUGGUUGGUGCAGGAAAGCAGCAUUUACAUGAAGGGACACAUAUUGAGAGAAAUCCGGGCUGUAUGCUACACAUCAAAAUAUCACCAAGAGCCCCUUCAAACAGUUAAGAACAACAACUCCCAAUACUAUGCGGUGCUUGGUGAUAUUAAGAUCACUAAAUCUCAAGAGAGUACGAAAUUCCCACCGUCAUCAUCUUGGCUCAUUGGUGGUCAGUUUGUGAGUUGGGCUGCCGGGCCUGGUGGGUCCAAACUCCUCAGUGUUAAGCUUACUUGGCAGCUGAAAGAUGGAAGUGCUGAUAUUUUCACCAACUACAAUAUAUAUGUUAGCAAGUCAUCUGGAAAUGGAAAUUACAGUGAGGUUGCUUUGGAUUAUGUUGGUGUGGCGCUACUAAAAACAUAUUAUGUUUAUAAGCUGGAAGUUGCUUCUGGCGUAUCCGUUCUGAAAUUCCUAGUCCAGCCCUGUGGUCCUGAUGGGGCUUGCCAAAAGCUUCAAGAUUUACCUUUCUUCUUAGUGCAACUUCAAGAAUGUGGAGGGAAAAUCACCAUCAUUGCCCCAGAAAAUGCCGAGAAUUCUGAGAAGCUGUUUGUUUGCUACAUUAAUGGUAAAAAUCUAAAUGCCAAUGUUGAUUAUAACGAGAAUUGUGUUCCCUUUGUAGAUGCUAAGGUUGAAAGUCACAAAAUAUUGCAAAGGCAUGUGGAGGAGGACAAGGGUCGCCUAGUGAAACUGGAUGGAACUCAAGGUCUUAUUCCUUCUCCAUACAAAACACUGUUGUGCAGUAUUUUGUGGUGGCAUAAUUUGGUAACCGAGUUAUCCGGACUCGGGUCGUCUCUCAAAGGAAGACGGUUCGGAGCUUCGUUUGCUAGUUAG